UAGGAACUUUUUAAGAAAACUACCUUAAAAAUUCUUAUCGCACGGUUAUAACUAUCUCAAACUACUUUCUAUUUGUAUUUGCCCAAGAUGAAAGUCCUCAGCCUGAAUUUCCUGACCUGCGCGGUCAAGGCGUGCAAGAGCUCGUCGAAUUCGUAUCCCCUCCAUCCCAAGGACGCCGAGCUGGUGCAGGACGAUAUCGAGGUGAACGCUCAGCUGCUGCUCAAUUUACUGCCCCGCAUCGACUGGACGGCUUUGUCUACGACGGCCGCGGAGCUCGGCUUCCCAGCCCUACCGCCGCAGGCGCCCUCGGUAGAGGAGCUGCAGGGCGACGAGAAGAAGUUGAAGGACCUGCACAACCUGCUCGUGGAGACGCAGAUCAUGGAGGGCAAGCUGGUCUGCGCCAACUGCGGCCACGAGUACGCCGUGCGCGAGGGCAUUGCCAAUUUCCUCCUGCCGAGCCAUUUGGUCUGAACGGCACGGCACGGAACAGGAAUAGAUAGGAUGUUAGUUGGCGUCUGCUAGGAGAAAAAGCAAAAAAAAGAAACAACACUCGGGGACUGAUUUAUGCUGCUACUGCUACUGUUGCUAUUCAGAAACCCGCACUACUACGAGCAUUAGAAAGGCUUGGUCUGACGUUCUGGAGUUAAGCUGAGGCGGAAAAAAAAGGCUCUAUGAAGAGACCUACUGUAGACACGGCGCGGAGAAGAGGAAUGGUCGAGAAUAGGGGAAAAAAGAGGACAAAAAGAAAAGAAAGCCGUUGUCAGUUUCUAACUGCAUAUACCUAUAUCUACACUACUACAAAGUCUCUCCAUGAAGGAUGGUUAA